UUAACAAAUAUUUUGGAAAAUUGGUAAUAAAACCUGCUAUUAGAAAACAUUUCUGAAACGCAAGCAGUAACAUAAAAGACUGUUCUUACACCAUUCGGUUUGUGAUUACAUUUUUGUUAUUGAAUGGGAAACAUUAAAAUGGAUUUUAAAAUUUUUACUAUUUUUACUUUCUUUAUCGUAACUGCAAGGGUAAAUGCUAAUUUAUCCCUCGAAAACAUGGAAAAAAUUGGAAAGACUAUGCAUGAAAUCAUGGAAAAAUGUAAAAAAGAAACAGGACUGUCAUCAGAUGAGGUGUCUGUCUUUAGGGACCCUAAAGGCUCAUUAACUCGCAACGACAAAUGUUUUUUGGCUUGUUUUACAAGAGAAUCGGGAAUCAAACUAGAGGGAGAUAAAAUUGUUGAUAAGUUUGGAUAUUCGGAUAUAAUAGAACGGGAAGAUCCUGACUACUACAAAAUGUCCUUAAGCAUUGUGAAGGAAUGCAACGAAGAAGUUCCUAAAAUGGAUGACGAAUGCGAAUAUAGUGGUUUACUUUACAAAUGUCACAUGGAAAAAGCGGAACAAGUAA